GUACCGGGCAGGCCGGAGAGUGAAUCUCGGUUGCGGGGGGAACUCCGAACUCGAUGUCAAUUUACUCCGUCACCGGGGCUAACACCCAAGUCCUAACACAGCAGCUCAAAACGACUUUUGCUUGUCUUGCUGCCCAUGAAUGCCCGAGCCUGGAGGGAAAAGAUCUGAGAUAGGGAAAUGGCGGGAAGUGGUCGACCAAAGACGGGGAAUGCGACUACGGUCCUGACGAAACGCAAUGGACCUGGUAGAUCACUUCUUUCGACGUUUCAUAAUAGAUCUGGAGGUGCAACAACGACGGCAACGAAAGAAACGAAAUCAAUGACAGCGACAGCGACAGCAAGGACAGCGACAGCAAGGACAGCGACAGCAAGGACAGCGGCAGCAACGACAGGAAGGACAGAAAAGACAGAAAAGACAGCGGCAGCAGCAGCAUCAGCAGCUCCAGGAUCAGCACAGGAUGGAGCUCUGGAGCUGGCAAGAGUAGCGGCUCGAAAACGUGGCCCGAGUCCGCCGGUUGACGCUGAGCCUUUGAGCUCCGAUGACGAAUUGGCGUCCCAGUCGGAGCUCCGUGCAAGGAACAACUCGCAAUCGCAAAAGUCCCAAACAGUUUCGGCCAAAUUUCAUGGGGCGUCAAUGCCUCGAGCACAGCGCCAGAGUCCUGGAGUCAAUGACGAACCUAUGAGUUCGAGCGAUGACGAGCUUUCGCAAAGUCAACAACAAGAACAGCAGCAGCAGAAGCGGGAACAACAGGGACAACGGGGACAACGAGGGCGCGGAUACCCACAAACACGUGGCCAGCUUACAAGGUCUAUAAGACCGCCCCGGUUUGGAGGAAAGUAUAGAAGAUUCGGCGAGCCCGAGGAUUCAGAGGAGGACAAAGCUGGCGAGAACGGAGAAACUACCGUUGCGUCUGAAGGCAAGGCGAAUGGAAGCCAAUCGUCGUCAUCCUCCUCCGCGGCGUCUUCUGGGCUUCCGUCUCAGAAAAGUGGAGGGAAGCGGCCAAGCGCGGCAACAGAUGGCGCGGGAGACGAAUUAACAGACGAGUAUGGAUGGAUCAUAUCCUCGCAGUCCUCCGGACGAGCGCGGCAGAAAAGAUUGAGGUAUUCUGGUUCGGUGUCGAAUAUUCAUACCAAGAGUUCGCAAACAGGCAGAGCCCAAAAAUAUGGAAAGGAAGGGCGGUCAAAAUCUAGAGAACAGUCUACAGGUUCCGAGGGAAACUCUUCUGGGGCCUCAAAUGGUCAAACGGGGUCAAAACCAAACGAUCACAAAUUUGUAGAUCCAUUAGAAAAGCACUACGCUUUACAAAAGCGACUCCAGACGUCCGGAAACGGGGACGAAGAAGAUGAUAAUACUUCGUCAAAGGCCCAGUUCCGCAUGCCAAAAUAUGAACAGCGCCACGAGCCAUCCGACACCCCAAUAAAUAAACCAGAAUUCACCAUGCCACCGCUUACUGAUACUCCGUGGCACAAGUCUCAAAUUAGAUCCAAGGAUUCUCAGCCAUCAAACAACUCUCCUAAACUCCCACGCGCUACAUUCAAACAUUUCGACGUUGAUGCUCUAGCUGGGAAGAUUCUCACCGACAAAAAGCAUACAAAAGAUAUCGAAAGCCUGUUCCAGGACUCAACAAACUCACCGCCAUCAUCAUCACAACCCAAUUCCCAAGCCAACAACAACUACGACUCCUCCGCCGGCGAUGCAUAUCCCUUCUUCUCCCGCAGUUCCUCAAUUGCACUAAGUUCUCUCCCCAGUUCCCCUAGCGCAGUAUCUUUUGACAACAACGACGACAACGACGACACUCCCCGUCCCAAAUACUCUAGAACUUCUCCACCCACGCACCCUCCUAACCAUCGCAACACCCGCUCCUCUUCCCCGUCGCCCCGCUGCCCCUUUUGCCGCACCCCCGUCGACACGGCCUUCUGGGAGACCCACGGCGAAGGCAUGAACAUGGCAAAGUUAAAAAACCAAAUGCGCUUCUGCCGAAUGCAUAAAGAACAGUCCUCCAAACUCGAAUGGGCCGCCAAGGGCUACCCCACCAUCGACUGGGCCCGCCUCCCUGCCCGUCUGGAGAAAUACCAUCCCCGCAUCCUUGCCGUGCUGGAGAAUUCCCAGCCGUCGUAUUAUCGAAACGUGCUCGAGACAACGAUGAAGUCGGGCAAGAACCGCACCCUCGCGCAGAGUAUCAUGGCGAGUACGUUUCAUGAGCUGACGCCGGGGUAUUAUGGCUCCCGGGGGGCCCGUGUCAUGAUGGACCACAUCAUGACGCACUUCGCCCCGCAGAUCCGCAAAGCCGUCAGUUCCGACCGCGUCGCGGCCUUUGGCGGCCCCUCGGGCUUCGUCCAGGCCGUCCUCGUGCCCGAGCUCGCCGUCAUGUUGGUCAAAGAAGACAUGCACAUACCUGACCGCCCCAACAACUCCAACUCCAACUCCUAUUCCAACUCCAACUCCAACAACAGCUCCAACUCCACCUCUCAUUCCAACUUCAACUCCAACUCCCAGUCCAACGACAACGGCGACAGGGACAAUGACAAAGACACCAGGGACAACGAAAGUAGUGAUGAGCAAGCCCGGCGCAUCCUCCGGGAGAGUAUCGAGAUUGGCGACCUGCUGAACGAAGAGGAAGAAGACCGGGUGCAUGCGAUUCAAUUUGAUCAUGGCUUUGGAGGGCGGGAAAUUAUCUCGUGAUUCAUACCCACUAGUUUCUUCUUUUUGAUCCCCUUUUCCCUCCCUCCCUUCUUUCUCCCUCGGUUUUCUAAAAGAUUUUUUUUUGUUUUCUCAAAAGGGGCUUGAUUUACUUUAGUUUCAGCGAGAUGCCCCCAUGUAAAAAAAUUGCCAUUUAACAUUUAGAUUUUUCUACUACUCUACUAGAAGACUGCAUGUACGGAGAGGUACGUGCACAUGGCGCGUGUAUACUAUACCCUAUUAUCCUCUCCUUUUGACCGUUUCAGCAGGCGUAAAUUUAUACAUUUGGUUUUUUUUUUCCUUUCGGGUCAAGGCGUGUGUGUACCGGC